AUGACACAAUUCAGAAAGCUAUAUGAAAAAGCACUCAUCCAACACAAGAAGAAAGUCCGAAGUGUGGUGGAAGAGGAGACCGGAGGAAGCAUGCUAAAUGAGAACGCGGAGGAAAUCUACGAAGACGCCGAGGAGGAAUUCCACCAGGACGUCGUCAACGCAAGCGAUAACCUUGCGGAACAAGCGGAAAGAUUGGAAAGUGAAGGAAAAAUAACUGAACAGGAAAGGAGGGAAUUUGCAGGAAUAACUGCCCCUAAAGGACCGUCGAAGGGAAGGAUUAAACACAAAGACAUUAUAAUGGAGGAAUGGAAAAGUAAUCUCAAAAAAGAAACCGACGACGAUAGACGACAGAUCACACAGAGGGCGGUGGACGUUGCAGGACAGGCCAUCGAUGAUGCAAGGCUGGAAAUGGGGCAGGUGCCUAGUUCGGAAGAGGGAAAACACAGGUACAGGGAAAUAGUAAGGGACAACAUCCGAACCAAAUUCGAGAGAUUCCGCGUGUGGGCAAAACAAAACAUGGGACCGUUAGCCGCCAUUGCCGCCUCCAUUGCCGGAAUUACUACGACUGUGGUGGUGGCUGGAAAGAAGACAAUCACGGGAGCAGCUAAUGGACUUGGAGCUGCCGGAAAAGCGUUGGCAAAGUUCGCAAAAGCUGCACUGCCAAUCCUGGUACCUAUUCUAAAUAUGUUAAGUACGGUCCUAAGUUGGGGAGCCAAGGGUCUUGCCUUCCUCGCCCGGAAUUUGUGGAUUGUGGCGAUCGUGAUUGCCGGAGCUAUAUUCAGGUAUUUGCAGAAUAGACGUAAAAUAUAA